AGUGGGCUUAGGUGGAGCUCAGCAGCAGCAGAGAGGAGCUUGGAGACUGCCCUGCUGCCGCUGCGCACCGCACCUCCACCGCCGUCCUGCCUUACCAUGUGGGAGGCGCGUUCCUCCUCCUUCUGGAGGGCUGUCUUUGCCGAGUUCUUCGGCACCAUGUUCUAUGUCUUUUUCGGCCUGGGGGCCUCGCUACGCUGGGUGGUCGGCCCCCUGAACGUUCUGCUGGUGGCCCUGGCUUUCGGCUUGGUAGCAGCCACCAUGGUGCAGUCUCUAGGCCACGUGAGCGGAGCACACAUCAACCCAGCCGUCACCGUGGCCUUCCUGCUGGGCUCGCAGCUCUCCCUCUUCCGCGCCGUCUUCUACAUGGUUGCCCAGCUGCUGGGAGGAGUGGCCGGCGCAGCCGUGCUUUACGGAGUCACGCCAGCUGCGUUGCGGGGUAACCUGGCACUCAACACGAUACACCCCAGUGUAAAUGUAAGCCAAGCUACAGUCGUGGAGAUCUUCCUCACCUUACAGUUUGUCCUCUGCAUCUUCGCCACCUAUGACGAGAGACGUAAUGGGCGCAUGGGAUCUGUAGCGUUGGCUGUGGGAUUCUCCCUCACUCUUGGACACCUCUUUGGGAUGUACUUCACAGGAACUGGCAUGAAUCCUGCCCGAUCCUUCGCCCCUGCUGUCAUCACCCGCAACUUCACCAACCACUGGGUGUAUUGGGUUGGUCCAAUUGUUGGCGGCGUGAUGGGCGGCUUCCUCUACGACUUCAUCCUCUUCCCACGGAUGCGCGGGGUCAAAGAGCGCAUGUCUGUCCUGAAAGGUGACCGGCCAGCUGAAACCAGCGCCCCGCCAGAGCCUCCUGGGGAACCCGUUGAACUGAAGACGCAAGCGCUAUAAGCAGUGACCUUAGGGUGACGAAACCACAGCACUCACACACACCCCUCCUCUGGGGAGAGAGGGGGCAGAAACAACUGGCCCAGUAUACAGACUGUUAUUGCUCCUGGCCAGUAGGAAGCGGUGCCUUAGGAGACACAGAUCCGAAGGGACAGUUUGUUAUCCGGUCUCUCUCUUUCUCUCUUUUCAAACAAA